AUGCGUCGGUUUUUGCGCUAUACCAUUGGCAAUCCGGCUGUCGCCACAUUCACGAACUCCACCAUCGCCUUCUUCGUCGGCAAGACCACAAACACGGAGUUGAGCAUGGAGCUACGUGCGGAGGCGGAACGCGAAGGCGACCUGGUGCUGCUGGACCACGUAGACACCUACCGAAAUCUGACCUUGAAGUUCAUCGGUGCGACAAAGUGGCUCGCUGCUAACCGCUGCCUCACUUCAUCGACAGAUGUCGUCGUCAAAUUGGACGACGACAUCAUUGUCAACGCGUUUCUUCUGGCAUCAUACGUCAAGCGACACAUGGCCGCAACCGACACUCGCCACGCUGCAACUAUCCACUGCGCCAUUAUACCGCCAAUCCACCUGAAGCCUAUACGCACCAAGAAAUCUAAAUGGUUCGUCACAAAAGAAGAGUACGCCAAUGAGACGUACCCUCCUUUCUGCAGCGGCGCCGCCUACCUCAUGAAGGCGUCCGUGCUGUCUCUGUUGGGUGAGGCAACUAGCAGGGUUCCGUUCUUUUGGGUGGAUGACGUCUACUCUACGGGGCUGCUGAGGAUGGCACAGAACGUAACUUUGGUGAACAUCACACACAUGUACAACAUCUUCCCGUCCUACAGAACGACUUCCAUUGGCAAAAAGACUGUGUUCUUUCAUUGGGGUCUGACACCCAGACUUUUCGAGAGAGCUUACCGGCUGUGGUCUAGUGUGCUGCGUCAAAAUCAAAAUAUGUGA